UGAAGCAAGACAUCAGCUGAAGAAGAUAACCAAAGACAUCCUCAAAAUUCUGAAUAAGAAGAGUACUACUGAAAUGGGUGUUGGGGAUGAAGGGCAAAAAGCCAGGAAGACCAAGCAAGAAGCGUUUCCAACCCUAGAGACCGUGUUCACAAAACUACAGCAGCUGUCCUAUUUUGAUCAACAUCAGGUGACAUCUCAGAUCUCCAGUAACGUUCUGGAACAGAUAACUAGUUUUGCCUCAGGAACUUCGUAUCAUCUUCCCUUGGCUCACCAUAUACAACUCAUCUUUGAUCUCAUGGAGCCAGCACUGAAUAUCAAUGGGCUUAUAGACUUUGCAAUACAGGUUGUGUGGGGUGGUAAAGCACGUCGUUAAUCCCUCAGAGUGUUCCUCCCCAGAAAGGUGCAUUUUAGCUUACCUCUAUGAUCUGUACGUGUCCUGUAGUCACCUGAGAAGCAAGUUUGGAGACCUCUUCAGUGCCUGUUCUAAGGUGAAGCAAACGAUAUACAGCAAUGUUCAGCCUUCAAAUUCCAAUUUACUGUGGGACCCAGAGUUCAUGCUAGAUUUUAUCGAGAAUCCUUCUGCUCACAGCAUUAACUACUCGAUGCUGGGCAAGAUCCUGAGUGAUAACGCAGCCAACCGCUACAGCUUUGUCUGCAAUGCGCUAAUGAACGUCUGCAUGGGGCACCAAGAUGCAGGAAGGAUUAAUGACAUAGCAAACCUUUGCGCAGAGCUGACGGCAUGCUGCACGGUGCUUAGCUCAGAGUGGUUAGGGGUCGUAAAAGCUCUUUGCUGCUCUUCAAAUCAUGUCUGGGGUUUCAAUGAUCUGCUCUGCAGUGUGGAUGUGAGUGACCUGUCGUUCCAUGAUUCCCUGGCCACUUUCAUUGCUAUAUUGAUAGCCCGGCAGUGCUUUUCUCUGGAAGAUGUAGUUCAGCAUGUUGCACUACCUUCUCUUCUUGCAGCUGCCUGUGGAGAUCCGGAUGCGGAGCCUGGGGCGAGGAUGACCUGUCGGCUACUCCUGCACCUCUUCAGGACACCCCAGGGCUGCCUCUUUCCCCAGGGAACAGGGAAGUUAUUUCCUGGAAUUCGUUCUUCUUGCGAUCGUCACCUCUUGGCUUCUGCUCAUAACAGUAUAGAAGUGGGAGCAGUGUUUGCAGUCUUAAAAGCAAUUUUGAUGCUUG